GCUGCCCGCUGCCCCCUGCCCGAGGCCCAGGCCCGAUGCUCCCGAGACGGCGGCCGGCGCGGGUCGGGACCCCCUGCGCCGUCUCCUCCGCGGUGCGCUUCCCCGGCGUCGCCAUCUACUUGGCGGAGCCGCGCAUGGGCCGCAGCCGCCGGGCCUUCCUCACGCGCCUGGCGCUCUCCAAGGGCUUCCGGGUGCUGGACACCUACAGCUCCGAGGUGACACACGUGGUGAUGGAGCAGACCUCAGCCGAGGAGGCCGUCCGCUGGCAGGAGAGCAGGCCGGCCCCGCCCCCAGGUGGCACCCACCCGGCCCUGCUGGACAUCAGCUGGUUCACAGAGAGCAUGGCAGCUGGGCAGCCGGUCCCUGUGGAGGGCCGGCACUGCCUGCAGGUGGCUGUGCGGAGGGAGGUGCUGCCAAACCCAGUGUGGAUGCCACCCUAUGCCUGCCAGCGUCCCACGCCCCUCACACACCACAACACCAGCCUCUCGGAGGCGCUGGAGAUGCUGGCAGAAGCCGCGGGCUUUGCAGGCAGCGAGGGCCGCCUCCUUUCCUUCUCCAGAGCAGCCUCCGUGCUCAAGGCGCUGCCCUGCCCCGUCACAGCCCCGAGCCAGCUGCAGGGCCUGCCCCAUUUCGGAGAACACUCCUGCAGGAUCGUCCAGGAGCUGCUGGAACACGGAGUGUGUGAGGAGGUGGAGCGAGUCCAGCGCUCAGAGCGGUACCAGAGCAUGAAGCUCUUCACCCGGAUCUUCGGGGUCGGAGUGAGGACUGCUGACCAGUGGUACCGGGAAGGACUGCGGACGCUGGACGACGUCUGGAAGCAGGUGCAGAGACUGACCCAGCAGCAGAAAGCAGGCCUCCAGCACUACCAGGACCUGAGCAGCCCCGUCCAGCGGCCAGAUGCCGAGGCCCUGCGGCAGGUGGUGGAGGCGGCCGUAGGGUGGGCCCUUCCUGGGGCCACCGUCACCCUGGCUGGUGGCUUCCGGAGGGGGAAGUUGCAGGGCCAUGACGUGGACUUCCUCAUCACCCACCCCGAGGAGGGCCAGGAGGUGGGGCUGCUGCCCAGGGUGAUGCACUACUUGGAGCAGCAGGGCCUUGUCCUGUAUCAGCAGCAUCAGCGCAGCCCCAGUGGAGACCCUGCCCGCCUGGCCCUGAAGGGCCACUCCAUGGACACCUUUGAGCAGAGCUUCUGCAUAUUUCGUCUGCCAAGGCCCCCAGGGACAGCCGAGGGGGGGACCUGGAGUCCCCACCCCUCCUGGAAGGCUGUGCGUGUGGACCUGGUGGUCGCCCCCAUCAGCCAGUUCCCCUUUGCCCUGCUGGGCUGGACUGGCUCCAAGCAUUUUGAGCGGGAGCUCCGCAGAUUUAGCCGGAAGGAGCGGGGUCUGUGGCUGAACAGCCAUGGGCUGUUUGACCCGGAGCAGAAGACCUUUCUCCAGGCGGCUGCCGAGGAGGACAUCUUCAGACAUCUGGGCCUGGCAUACCUUCCCCCAGAGCAGAGAAACGCCUGAUCCCCCCUGCGGCCCUCAGCCACUCCUCGGGAUGGGGGGCUGCUCAGCCAGCCAGAUCAUGGAUGCCCUUGGACACUGACCAUCUGCAGGCCGGAGAGGUUGCUGCAACCCUCACCCUCCUGGGGGAGCCCCUGUGCACCCCCACUCCCCCAUGCACACCCUGCCCAAGAUGCAAUGAAAUGAUAACAUGGAGCAAACCAGGCUGUUUUCUGAAAGUGUUGAUGUGCGAGGGGG